UCCCGCCUGGUGGAGGAAACGCGCCCCCGGCUCUGGGCUGGCGAGGCAGGGCGGGGCUGAGUCGCGGGCGUCGUGCUUCUUGAGCGCCGCCGCGCCGUCGGAAAGGCGAGCCGCCGAGGGGCGGAGAGAGGGCGAAGGAGGCGGGUGAAGAGGGUGCCAUGUGAGUCGGAGAAGCAAAAGGCAGGUGGGAAAGCCAGCAGGAUGGAGAGGGGCCGAGGCAAGAGGAGGAGAAAGAGCCCGCCGCGGCGCCUGCUCCUGUUUGCAGCCGGCUGCGCUUUUGACGCUGUCCAGCUCUCCAAAGCGAAGCGCCAUGUAAAGCGGCAACUCUUCUAAACUUGGGCGUAGGCGGAGAAGUAAUUGGGUGAGCUAGGCAAAGGAGAGAAACCCAGUUCCUCCGGACUUCUUCUUUCUCUCUCUCUCUCUGUGCGCCCCCUUCUUUUCUGGAUAGGCUGAAGAAGCUGCGGGGACGGCGCGGCCGAGGCUAACAGCGCACCUCACUUUCCGAAGAGGGUCCGGCACGUGCGCCCUGGGCGCCUCCAGCCCUUGAGACCCGGGCGCGGCGCUGGGCGAAGUGUGACCGGGCGAGGAGCGAGCUGAGCGAGGGCGCGGAGGUCCCUAACCUGGCGCGGGCGUCGAAGUGUCGCGGCGGAGCCCCUCUCGGUCCCCUUCCUCGGGCCAUGAUGCCGGGCUGACCGGCUUCGGGGCUGGUGCCUCUCCAUGCGGUGACGGUGUCCUCUCCAUCUUGCCAGCGCUAUGGCCGGGGCGUCUGGCGGGGACCGUGCCAUGUUGUCUCCGGCCACGAUCCCCGGCGGCGGCGUGGAAGCCCAGCGGGUGGAGUUCGUGGCCCUUACAGCCGUGCAGACGGAGAAAAACGACGUCCCUGCUGCCGGCAGCCCCAGGCGCCUGGGGCUCCUCGGGACGCCGCUGCCGGUUCCCCCGGGGGGCUCCGGAGCCCGAUCCGCCUCCAACAAGCGCUACCGGCGCCUCCAGAACUGUCUCUACAAUGUGCUGGAAAGACCCCGAGGUUGGGCGUUUAUCUAUCACGCCUUCAUAUUUCUCCUGGUCUUCAGCUGUCUGGUCCUGUCUGUGUUUUCAACCAUCCCAGAGCAUCACAAAUUCGCCAACCAGUGUCUCUUCAUCCUGGAAUUUGUCAUGAUUGUGGUUUUUGGAAUGGAGUACAUCAUCAGGGUCUGGUCAGCCGGCUGCUGCUGCCGCUACAGAGGCUGGCAGGGACGCUUCCGAUUUGCCCGGAAACCUUUCUGUGUCAUAGAUUUCAUCGUUUGCAUUGCUUCUCUGGCCGUCAUCGCUGCUGGCACCCAGGGGAACAUCUUUGCUACCUCGGCACUGCGCAGCAUGCGCUUCCUACAGAUCUUGCGCAUGGUGCGCAUGGACCGCCGCGGCGGCACCUGGAAGCUCCUGGGCUCAGUGGUUUAUGCGCACAGCAAGGAGCUGAUCACAGCUUGGUACAUCGGUUUCCUGGUCCUCAUCUUCGCCUCCUUCCUUGUCUACCUGGCAGAGAAAGAUACCAACAAAGAUUUUCUCACCUAUGCAGACUCGCUUUGGUGGGGUACGAUCACACUCACCACCAUUGGCUACGGGGACAAGACCCCCCAGACGUGGCUGGGCCGGGUGUUGGCAGCCUGCUUUGCCCUUCUGGGCAUUUCCUUCUUUGCUCUACCUGCUGGGAUCCUGGGCUCGGGGUUUGCUCUCAAAGUCCAAGAGCAGCAUCGGCAGAAGCAUUUUGAGAAGAGACGGACACCGGCGGCCAACUUGAUCCAGGCUGCGUGGCGCCUCUACUCAACGGAUGUCAGCCGGGCCUACCUGACAGCCACCUGGUGCUAUUACGACAGCAUCCUUCCAUCAUUUAGAGAACUGGUCCUUAUGUUUGACCACUUGCACCGAGCUCGCAACGGGGGGCUCAGGAACUCUGAGGUGAGGAAAUUCCCUGAUGGAGCUCCACCACCGUAUCACUCCUUCACCUCUGGCCUGAAAACCAUCCAUCCUCCAUUUUGCUUGGGGGAAAGCUGGAAAGAAGAGGAAGCUCCACCCCACAAGUGUUUACGCCUAAGCAAUAAAAUGGGCAUCAAGGACCGCAUCCGCCUGAACAAUUCCCAGAGGCAGGGCAGCCGGGGGAAGCAGCAUCUGGUCCCACCUCUCCGCCGCUCUCCCAGCACCGAGAAUGUCAACGAGGCCAUCAGCCCCACCAAGGUGCAGAAGAGCUGGAGCUUCAAUGACAGGACAAGAUUCCGGGCCUCAUUGAGGCUGAAGCCCCGGACACCUGUGGAGGUUGAUGGACCUGCAGAGGAAAGCAAUGAGGAGAAGGCCUACCAGUGUGACUUGACUUUUGAGGAUAUCAUGCCUGCUGUGAAGAUGCUCAUCAGGGCAGUGAGAAUUCUCAAGUUCCUGGUGGCCAAGAGGAAGUUCAAGGAGACGUUGCGUCCGUAUGACGUCAAGGAUGUUAUUGAGCAGUACUCAGCUGGUCACCUGGACAUGCUUGGCAGGAUCAAAAGUCUCCAGACCCGUGUGGAUCAGAUUGUGGGCCGGGGGUCUAUCGCUAUCGAUAAGAAAAAAGGGGAGAAGACACCACUGGAGGUGGAGCUGGCAGACGACUUCAGUAUGUUGGGCCGAGUGGUCAAGGUGGAGAAGCAGGUGCAGUCCAUUGAGCACAAGUUGGAUUUGCUGUUGGGUGUCUAUUCUCAAUGCUUGCGGAAAGGGUCCGUGAACUCCAUCAGCCUGACGGCAAUACCAAUCCCCACCGGGGAGCCUGACAUCACCUCCGACUACCACAGCCCCGUGGACCACGAGGACAUCUCUGUCUCUGCUCAGACCUUGAACAUCUCCCGGUCGGCUAGCACCAACAUGGACUAAGAUGGCGUCCAGCCUAGCCAUGUGGUCGUUACACACCAGCCAUAUCAGGGAGGGCGGCAUCUCUCCGCUUCCAGGGCAGGAGGAGGGAUAGACAAACGUUGCCGGCUGCUCUGACAGACAACGCUCCGAGAGCGAGAGCCCUUCGUCACCCUCGCCAUCCUGGUGGGGCGCCAACUGACUCCUCUCAAUGCACCUCAACUUUACUUGAAGUCUUCCAGCUGCAGAACAAAGCCGCUAUUACUGGGCGUUCCAAAAAGGAUGCAGUUUUCAUGCCCUCCGUAGAGCCAUUGUGGCACUUCUGUGGCUUUUUAAACAAAAAGUGCUAAAUAGCAGCACCUGGCAGUCUGAACUGCAUGGGGCAGGUGGUCUUCUCCAUGGAGAGAAAGCCACACUAGCCUGAAACAUGAUGCAGCCUUUGAUGAGCAUCUUUGAAGGUUCUCUGCUAUCAGAAGCAUCUCCAGGUGCAUCCAACUUCAUAGGGGCUGGACCCUCCUUUGUCACAGAGGUACCAGGGCUGAAGAGCCACCAACAGCCCCUUCCCCCAGCCCAGCAAAUAACACCAGUGGUUCCAGACACUUUACUCUAUCGGCUUGUAUCUGACCGCCUCUGGCUCCGGACUUCUACCAGGUCGGAGAUGCUUACUAACAGCUAUGCAAAUGCUAGGUAACCCUUUCUUCCCCGGUCAAAAGCAAGGGGCAUUGCGACUCAAGUGAAUGUGGUUUCUUACCUUUGCAUCUAGAAGAGAAUAAUAACUGGCAAUGUCUAUUCCUGCUCUUGGCAGCGUUUAAGCACCUUGGCUCUUCCCCCACUCACCCCCACCAGGUAGUGAACGUUGCUCUGUGGCCCCGAUAUCAUAAGCACAGCGGGACCUUCCUCGCAGGGGAAGUGCUUCCCAGGUGCAGAGCAAACACGAUAUGCAACAAUCUUAAAUAUGCAACCUGAAAUCAAUCUUUACAGUCGAUCAGUGGACUUUGAGCCUCCCCUGACUAGGACACGGAGGCAAUCCUGAUGCCUUUAUAUGCUCACCUAAGAAGGCCAAAUCCAGUUGGCCAGCAGCAGAGAAGUUCCUGGUGACCUGCAGGGUGUGUUGCAUCUGAUUCCUGUUUUUAGGGCAGCAGCCAGCCUGUCCCAAGGGAUUGUGGCUCCCUUGCAUCCAAUAGCAUUAGGCUUUCAUGAUUAGAGGCUCUGGUUUUGUGGUGGUUACCUUGACGGAGGGCGCUCUGGCGUAGCUUUAGAUCCUCCCUCCCCUCAGACCACCUAACAAAUCCAGCCCCUUUGCUAGCAGACAGGCCCUGGUUGACCCCCGAUUUCUAUCCCUCAGUCUCCUGCAGGCAGCCCACUAACCUGCCUUCCUACGGUUCUCACCAAAAGCUUGUUUCCAACAUCAUUUCAAGCCCCAACCUCUGCAUCUUUUGGAGCUGUUCCCAUUAUGAGGCUGUGCCUCCAGAUAUGAUACGGUAUUUUUAUUUAUUUUUUAUGUUAUUACUAUAUUUCUAUCCCACUUUCUCCUCCAAGAAGCUCAAGGGUGGUG